UAAAAUCAAGGUGCGAAUGAAGCGCGUAGCACUUGCGGCGUUGACGGCAGCGCUGCUGACGCUGGGGGCAGUGAACGCCGCGCUGCCAGAGGCCUACUUGAUACAAACCUACGCGGGCAAGACGUCCGUGGUGGUCAAAAAUGUGCAGAUCUCCGAGGACGAUUCUUACUACCUCGCCCAAGCACCAUCUGAGUGCGCGUGUCGCGGGCGAUGCUUCGUCGACGGGCGCUGCAUCGCGCACUCCUACAACGCGAGCGGCGCGUGCGCUCUCAGCGACAAGCUCGGCAAGACGACGCAGUCCAGCGGCGCUACUUACCAAUACUCGGAAAAAUUCGUACAGAAAAUCGAUGGCAAAUUCUACAACGAAGGCCUUGCCUUGGGGUAUACCGACUGCGCGGCGCGCUGCUCUCAGCCCGGCAUGAGGAUCCCGGUCGUCAAAACCAAAGCUACUUUCGACUUCCUGAAAACCUGGAUGACAUUCGUAGGCCUUCAGCAAGACAGCGACGGCGUCUACCGUUGGUCGGACGGCAGCGUGCUGGACCAGACGAUCUACGGCAUCACUAUUCCGCCCAAACAGAACAGCGGCAUGGAAUACUACGUGAUUUACAGCGGCAACUUUGACGACGUGCCAUCCACGACCAUGUCCUUCCAUUGCACAUGUCAAGGGAUCUUCACCAACGUCGAUUAAUGCAAGCUCUGCAAUACCGACGUAGAAACAGGCUCUGGUUGUUUACAGUUUACAGAUUUCGGGCUUAUGUUCCACCUGAAACAUGGACACUUUCCAACCUAACUGACAUAUGCUCCACCUGAAUUUUAUUAUAAAAGUGUAUAUGAUCGACAUGGCGUUUCUACACGUCCGGAGCACCACUCUGAGAGAGUAAAUGCAGUAAUCCCCUUCAACUCGGCAUGGCUAUUUAGGACCGGAAACUCCGAUGAUGAAUGGAAUGGAGUAACGCGAUGUAAGAUCUCCCUCUAGUAUUUAGUAUCCAUACAUUCCAUGUCAUUUUACGGACAAAGAUAAAUUCAAGACUAACCACUUUAACCAACAAGAUCAAGACUUAGUGUACAGUCACCACAGUAUGAUAUCCACGCUGAUGGGGAUUUCUUGGCUAUGUUCAGAAACCUCGCCCGUAGUUAGCAUCUGCCGGUAUAUUUAAUUCUGAAUUUUAAUUUCACUGUUUUCUUGCACAAUUUAUAUUCCCUUGCACCGAAUAAAAUUUCAGCGUGAUUGUCACCAGCUUGCAUUGAAAAAAAAAGUUUCUUCUAACUAUUUUUUUAUAAAAUAGCUAUUAACUUAUAAAAGGGCAUUAAUUAUAGCAGCAGUACACAAGAUUCCCGGCCCAAAAUUAUUAAAUUUUUGUACCUUAGCCAAACAUCAUGAUGCUUCAAAAGCUCAGUGUUAUCAAUUAUGUAAAAGUCAUAUCCGAGCACCAUUUCCAUCAGCAAUAAUCCACGCAGGUAAUUUCAGUGAGAUAAACUCAAUAUCUGAAGCACUGCAAUAAUAAGUUCGUAUAGUCUACCGAUAAACAAUGAUUAAAGAUCAUCGUCGUGGUCUAAGCAUUUAAGUUUUGCUCACUUUUUCUGCUAAAGGUUGACACGACUUGCAAGUUAACCAAUGGAAGGUUGGUUGCACUCGUGACCGUCAUACCAGGUAUCUAGAUGAAUUAAUUUUUCGAACGUAGCGGCCAUUUU